AUUUCGACGAAGGCUUUGUCCCCCCAAAAUGGAGAUGACAUGCCUUCUGGAUUGAUGUUGAUAACUUGUGUAUACGGAACAACCGGUUUAUACAUGUUUUACACACAUAUCAGUUAACUCUUCCCUCUUGAGAUACCCCUAAUGUCGUUCGCUACCAUACUAGUUACUAUUUCCAUUUCUACAGCUAUCGCAAGGGUUUAAAACUAGCAGUGCUGGUAUCCAAAAUUCCCAUGAUGGAGGACCGUCAUAUUUCCCAGGAUACAGAAAUCCAGGAGCAACAUAUCGUCAAAGCAGACGAAGUUGACCAGACCGGAACGGAUAUCAAUCCCGUCUCUGACGAGCAACUGCUGGAGGAGGUUGCUGAGGGGCUGAGGCAGGAAGCCAUUUCCGUUCCAGACGCAACUGCAGACAAUUUAAUCUCCUUACAGGCUGAACAGUCUGCUAGACGUCCGGUGCUGCGUCGUGACGGCUCAGCUCCACCGCCUCCUCUGCAGCCACCUCCUCCUGCUCCAGUGCAGCAGAGUCAGGAGCAGCCAUCUGAUUCACUGAGCCUGGUGCAGUUGAGGCGGCUUGCGCAGGACUUGCCCAGGGUUGAACAGCGUGCUUACGCGUUUGAAUAUGCGGACGCCCAGCCAUUUCCCGAUGAGCUGGAGGAAUGGUUCCAGUAUAGUGAAUUCGAUCGUGUUAUGCUUAUGGGAGCGAAAUUUUCGUUUGAUAACCGAUGGAGAGCCUUUUCUGAGCAACGGUCCGCUUCAUCAGACUCUCAGGAGGAAACCUGGCUUGAUGCCAGCUAUGAGAAGCGGGAGCAGUUCAUAAACGAAUUACUCCAUGGUUUGCGGCAUGACGACCUCUUCACUCGUCUGGAAGCUCUGGAAAGCAUCUCUUAUAUCAUUACGGGGAUCUGGGGUGUCACUGCUGGGAUUGCUGCCCAGGACUAUCCGGUAGACCCGUCACCUCAGAUGGCGGUGGAAACACCGAAAUUCAAGUCACUACAGAUCAAAUGGAUUGAGGAAAAUGUGAGCCUUAUACAACAGUGCGAUGGAUUUUCUGUGCUCCUUGAAUACUUUUAUCGGGUUUUCGAAAAGAACAGGGUGUCUCACAGUACUGAUUCUGACGGAGCGACGGAACAUGACAAUCCAAGUCCUGCAUAUGUUACUGCUAUUGAACGUGAAUCCAAUCUGAUUCUUACUGCAUUGUACUUCAUUGUCGAGGUUGGACGGAGACAAGAAUCUUCAGAUCCGCAUGCUACUUCGGUACGGAACGCCCUCUCCAUGCAAAAGCCGUCUCUACUGGUUUUCCUCGUCGAAAUUAUCGCACGUCUUCGAUGGGAUGAUUCGACAAACGUCCCUCUAACAAGAGUUAUCCUUCUUUUCUGGAAGUCACUGCUUCUGCUCUUCGGUGGUAGUGAGAGCCUGAAAAAGGUAAAGGAAGAGUUGGAGCCGCCUCUGGAAGCGCGGGCAAACUCUGGCACGCGGAGGACACCCUUUCUCACGGCCUCGCCGCUUGAUUACCAUUCUUUUCGGCAGGAGAUCACUUCGAAAUAUCCGGCAUAUAACCCACCCCCACCGAUUGUUCCACUGGAGCUGGAGAACAAUUCUAUUCUUCCCCCUCUUCCCCAGCAUCUCGUGAGGACAACCUCUUCUAAUGGCCUCUUCUCUGGUGUUGGUCCAUCCGUCGCGGGAGGAAACGGUUCUAUAUUACAUCAAUCUGUUCAUAUUGCAACUCCAGCUCCAUCGCCUCCGCCAUCGCCCAUUGGACCUGGAGGCAAGGCAGGCAAGAAGCAGAAUUACCAGACAAACCAGAACUUCCCUUUCAUGUAUCCACCACUUGACACAUCAAGCAAUGAUCUUGGAGGGAAAGGCACAACCGAAAUGCAAGAUCUUCUGGUGGGCAAGAAAUGGGAGGGCAGCGAUGUUCCUGCCUCGAUCAUUGAGGCUGGCCAGCUAUUCUCGACGCAUGUGAAGCUGACACGGGCAAUGCGCCAGCUCUGGGAGGAGCGAGAGCGUUUCAUGAAAUAUGAUCGUGGCUGGAAUCUGGGCGAAACAAGUGUUCCAUCUGAUGGCUUUUCGAUCAAUGGACUGGAUGAAGACAUUGAACAUCUCAGUCUAUCAAAGGAUACGAAACUCAAGCCCGAUGGAAAUUUUAUAAAAGAGACGGUCAAUGAAGACACCCAGAAACGCUUAGACGAGGUCGAGUCUUUCUAUGCCCAAGCACUUCCUCAUCUACAAUCGAUCACUAUUGUAUUUCUGAAGAUCAUACUGACCAACGUAAGUGCCAUGGUCAACCAAGCAAAUGGGCAGAAUGGUCACUCAAUGAGCAACGGUUAUGGCAUGGGAAAUGGUCUGGCAUCUGCUCCAAAUGGUGACUUUUCUGGCGAUUUCAAUUCCGACGCUGCAGUUGAAGAGCUUGACAAUAUUCGAUUACGGGAAAUCACAGGGAAAGCUGUAUCCGGAUCGCUUUUACUUCUGUUGAAAUGGUUCAAGAGAUCCCACAUUCUGAAGUUUGAGUAUAUGACCCAGCUAUUGCUGGACUCCAACUACCUGCCUCUUAUCCUCAAAAUGUUCGCCCAUCAAGACGUUGAUCGGUAUGUCGCGCAGAAAAACGAUAGCGAGGAACUAGGAUUUUUCCACUUUUGCCAUCUCCAGUCCAACCAACCUCCGAAACAACCAAAGGGCGAAGACGGACAAUCCGUUGCUAGCGAGGACGAGGCAGCCCCGCCCCCGAUCCGUCGUCACCCACAGAGCAGAACCCAUGAGAGUGUCUCCGCACGGGGGCCCUCCCCUGAAGAGCCAGUACCCGAGUUUUUCGACAGUGGCCUCCGACCUGAGGUGGACGAACUGGGGUACCCGACGGCGCCUCCGCCCAAGGAACCCAUUACGACGUACUCGUUCCGCAACUUCUUCUCGGCGAUCAACUACCUGCACAUCAUGCAGAAGAUCACGCGUGACAAGGCGCACCGCUGCCUGCUCCUCGUGCAGUACAAGUCGAGCGCAAUCCUACGCAAGGGGCUCAAGAUCCCCGACCCGCACCUCCGGUUCUACACGCUGAAGCUGUUCAAAUCGCAGGUGCCUUACUGCGGCCGCAAGUGGCGCCAGAGCAACAUGCGCGUCAUCACCGCGAUCUACCUGUACUGUCGACCCGAGCUGCGCGACGACUGGCUGGCCGGCUCCGACGUGGACGCCGAGGUCGAGGAGGCCCUGCCGCUGGAGCAGGCCCUGCGCGGUCUCACGCACUGGUGGCAUCUGCGGCAGUACAAGGAUGUCAUGGGUGGCGAUGAGCGCGCCGCCCUGAUGGAGACCGAACGUGAUUUCUUCACGCGCGAACUCGAAGCCAUGGGCUGGGGCACAGUCAGUGAGGAGAUGAUCAAUGGCAACGGCAUGGGGGAGGAAGCCGACCUGGCCGGCGCAGGAGGGCCUACGAUGAACGGGACGGAGUGGGAUGGGGGACCCUUGCAGAUGGAGGGAUGGUAGAUGUUACGAAUUCCUAACAGG